AUAACCUGUCAGUUUGGUUUUGACCAAAAGAAGAAAAACUGUAGAAAAAAUACAUGGUCCGUGUUUCGGGCUAAAGAAAGAAAGAAAAAAAUAGUGAAAGAAACAUCUGAGUGUAAAAAAAAGUUUUUAAAUCCAACCUAAAUCUUAUAGAAAUUAAUAAAUUCAUUUGCAUAUUUUUAACAAUAAAAACUAAUCCGCUUUACUAAUGUCCAUUACCAAUAACUAUGGAGAAUUUCGCUUCACAGUUAUUGCGAGGUGGGAAGCAAAAGACGAAAUCUUGUGUAGGAAUGACCGUGAUGGCAAAAACAUCAAUUGCCGAGAUAUGUGAAAAUGCCAAAAUGGCCAGAGAAAUGGCCCUAACUGGCAACUAUGAUUCGGCUGCAAUAUAUUAUGAAGGACUGCAGGGUAUGUUGAGUCGAAUGGUUACGUCAACAACAGAUCCUCUUCGUAAGGGAAAAUGGGGAAUGAUAAAUCAACAAAUACAAAAAGAGUACACAGAAAUGAAAGCCAUUCAAAAGACACUUUCGGAGAUGACAAUGGAUUUGCAUAAUACACCGUUUGCCCACAAAAUGAAAUCUCAAAUAAGCGAAGAUGAGAUGAAAGAUCCCGCUUCGUGGUUUCGUCCAGAUCCAGAUAUUUGGACACCUCCGGUUAAGGAUCCUGAUGUUUGGGGACCACCAAGGCCAGAAAAACCGGUUCCACCAAGUCGUAGCCGAAGUAGCAAUGCGGUAGUGAAUAGAAAACUGGAUCGCAAAAGCACAAUUCCCCAGCGAGCAGCACCGGGCGCUAAAAAAACAUCAGCACCCAACACUGCGCGCAACAGCAUCACAAGUCAAAAUGGCAGGAAUAAUGGAACAAAUAAUCGCAAAACAUUGUCUGCAGUUAGUGGAGGCAGUGCAGAUAACGGACAAACAAAGGAUGAUGAUUCCAAAGAUGAUGAAAACACUGCAGAAGAAGAAAAGGAGAAGAAAUUUGAGCCCAGUAGUCAUCUGGAGUCGGAACUGGUCGAUAUUUUAGAGAGAGACAUAUUACAAAAGAAUCCAAAUGUACGCUGGGAAGAUAUAGCAGAUUUACAAGAUGCUAAGAAAUUGCUUGAAGAAGCCGUCGUUUUACCAAUGUGGAUGCCACAUUUUUUUAAGGGAAUUCGUAGACCAUGGAAAGGUGUUCUAAUGGUUGGACCACCUGGUACUGGAAAAACAAUGCUUGCUAAAGCAGUAGCCACUGAAUGCGGUACAACCUUUUUUAACGUUUCAUCAUCAACUCUAACGUCCAAGUAUCGUGGUGAAUCGGAGAAAAUGGUACGGCUUCUAUUCGAAAUGGCUCGCUUUUAUGCACCAAGUACAAUAUUUAUCGAUGAAAUUGACUCCCUUUGCUCACGACGUGGCUCCGAAUCGGAACAUGAAGCUUCGCGACGUGUCAAAUCUGAACUACUAGUUCAAAUGGAUGGUGUUGACAGUGAAGAAGCGUCCAAGGUGGUCAUGGUGUUGGCUGCAACAAAUUUCCCUUGGGACAUCGAUGAGGCCUUGAGACGUCGUUUAGAAAAACGUAUCUACAUACCCCUGCCCACAGAUGAAGGUAGGGAAGUGCUACUUAAAAUCAAUUUGCGUGAAGUCAAAGUUGAUGAGAGCGUGAAUUUAUCUAAAAUCGCUAAGAAAUUAGAAGGUUAUUCAGGAGCGGACAUUACAAAUGUUUGCAGAGAUGCAAGUAUGAUGUCUAUGCGGAGAAAAAUCGCUGGUCUUAAGCCAGAACAAAUUCGUCAAUUAGCAACGGAGGAAGUUGAUCUUCCAGUUUCUACGCAAGAUUUUGCCGAUGCAAUUGCAAAAUGCAAUAAAAGUGUCUCAAAGGCCGAUCUUGAAAAAUAUGAAAAAUGGAUGAAAGAGUUUGGAUCGUCAUGAUGACAUGAAAAAAAAAAAACUUUCAUCAUUAAAAUUCUCAUUAUCAUUCUCACACUCACUUAAUAACCUUAACCUACAUUAUAUC